CCCCAGCAUGGAUACAACCAGCAGGAACAGGCGCUCAGGAGACACACUCACUAUGCUGGAGAGUGUUUGGAGUCGCGAUGGGAGUUAACACAUCCAAGUUUGUUGAGGUCCUGUUAUCAGUGUCGUCGCGCUAAACAGACAUUAUUUUGACAUCUGCCUCUGUGAGUCUGACGGGGCUUGUCUGCGUUUUUGUCCGAGGCGUUUCUCUCGCAGGAUGUUGAUGGUAUUGGAAAGCCGGGUAAGAUCAUAAAGUCAGUUCUCUCUGAUGAGAACCACCUCCUUCUCUCCUCUCCACACAAAGGGAACCACGGAACAACUACUUUUUCUCUCACACGCCAUCAUUUGAUUUUCCUGAAUGUCAUUAAGGAGCAGAGGAGGCUGUUUCAAAGACAAAAUGGAUCACUUUGCAGCAGAGUGCCUUGUUUCAAUGUCCAGUCGUGCAAUUGUUCACGCGCCUAAAGGGAAUAGGGAGAUCAAACCAGAAAUCCCGUCCUCCUCCAGGAACGGAGAGGAAAUCAAAGAGCCUCUGGUGAAAGAUAACUCUUCUCUUUUUGUGGUGGCGCGGAUUCUGGCGGAUUUUAACCAGCAGACUCCCAACAAUGUUGCCGAGCAGGCAAAAAUAAAGGAUGAGAGCAUGCCGGACCUCAUAGAUGAUGGAAACUCUGCCACACCUACCACCAUCUCCGAUCCUUCGCUCAAACAAAGAGGCAAAAGAUCGCGAGGUCGAACUGAGCAGGAAUCACCUCAGAAAAAGCACAAAUGCCACUAUUCAGGUUGUGAAAAAGUUUAUGGCAAAUCAUCCCACCUCAAAGCCCACCUAAGGACACAUACAGGAGAACGGCCUUUCCCGUGUACCUGGCCUGACUGCAGUAAGAAGUUUGCCCGCUCCGAUGAGCUAGCCCGCCACUACCGCACCCAUACGGGGGAGAAGAAGUUCGGCUGCCCACUUUGUGACAAGCGCUUCAUGCGGAGCGAUCAUCUGAUGAAGCAUGCCCGGCGCCACUCAGAUUUCCAACCCUGCAUGCUGAAGAGGCCCCACAGCGGCAGCGGCGGCAGCACCACACGUCCCAGCUCCCUCAGCGACUACAGCCGCUCGGACGCCUCCAGCCCCACUCUCAGCCCCACCCUCAGUCCCGCCAACUCGCCUUAAACUAAAACCCAGUCGCACUUUCUGCCUCUUACCUGGGAGGCCUGUGUUUUUGUCAUAACACUUGUGUUGCACAGUUGUCAGCAGCCCCCUCCCUUCGCUAUUCCUGCGCUUGCUGUGGUGUACCAUACUGUACAUAACUGCUUAUUGUAGUGCAAUUACUUGUGCGAUCCUAAAAGAAGGUAAUGCCUUUCCCAGAUGGCAAUAUUUACAUUCUGUACCAUAUGUCUGUAUUUUUUUGGCUUCUGAUCAUGGCUAGUUGUCCAAUGUAUGUUUGCAGUCAGCUAAACAAGGUUUAGAUGAAAAAAAAAGACAGACACCCUGACAAGUCUUAUCAAAAUGGCUUUUUUUCUUUCGUUUUUUUUCUUCUUGUUUGAACGGGUGAGGAGAAGGGGUACACACACAUACACCUCAGGAUUGAAGACAGUUGCUAUUUCUGUAAUACCACAGUACUUUUACAGUACUCACAUUGACUGCACAAUAUACUCAUCACUUUACUCUGAAAUUCAGCAGGGGUUGAAUUUUAUGCCCUUCUCAGGGAUGGCCUUGUUAGCUUGAAAGAAUGAAAACGGAGAAGAGAAACAUAUAGUACAUAUAUAGCAGCCUUACACUCAAAACAAUUUGCACUCUUUUUUUGUUGGCUUUCAUUUUUGAGGAAACUCGCCCUACUCUCGUAUGGUUGACCAUACCCACAACAGAUGUUAUAUGUUCUUCUUUGUGUUGGGGUUCAUAUGUGAUAUAAUAAGAAAUCCAUCCCCUUUAGUAAAAAUCAUCUGUUUAUCCACUGUAAUCUUUAUAUUCAGUUGGUGUUAUGCAGAGUGUUUCAUUAGACAGCGGUGUCUUCCGCGUAUCUGCAUUAUGGGAUGAUUGGGAAUACACUGGGUUAAUAGUUUUUAUAAUUACAUUCAGUCAAAGAAACUACAGACCCUUUAAAUAGAGGCAGUUAAGUUUCAAAGCAGCUGUUCUUGCUUUUAAAAAAAAGCUCUGCAUCAUCAGCGAGUAUUUUCACCCAAAAUGGACUCAAAGGGACUUUAGUUGAAACAAUGUUUAUCCAUCUCUGAAGCACAUAGGAAAGAGUACCAAAGACAGGAGUGAAUGAAAGCUUUCUAUUCAGUCUGUAAGCCGCCCUUCACUGAGGCUGAGCGUGGCUGCUUGGCUGUACCACAGGUAGAUCCAGAAAGCCUGCUCACCUCCCUCCCUCCCUGUCUUUUGCGGCCUCCCUGGAGGAAACAGCUGCAUCCCACAAGAAGCCAUUCACAACCCACAAGGGGAGUGCUAACAUGCCAUUCCCAGGGAGUCCUCCCUCCCCCAGCUGGCUCUACCUGUCCUGCCAGAGAGCUGUGGAGCUCAGAGCCAGCCAAAUUGCAUAAGGUUGCCUAACUUGUGGGUCAAAUGUAGGCCAGGGUGUUGGGCAGAGCCGGGUUGGGCCAAAGCACAGAGUGAAAAAGUGGCUAUCUACAACAGACAGGGAAGAGAGGGCAGCCCCUGAUAAAAGAGGAGAGGUUUAUCAUGAGCCAAGCUGCACAGAGGAGGAGACACUGAGAGGCAGACACCCUCAUCUUCUCCUUUUUUCCUCCCUACAACUGUAGAAACUGAGCAGAAAAAUGGCUGUAAUUAGAGGGCUGCUCCAACCUGUAGGGUAAAAACAAGAACAACUGUACUACCUAGACAAGGCUAGCAUCGUGGGUGGGAUUUACCCAUCUCCAUCCUUAGCACAGGGAGAAAUUCUCCAUGACUGCUGCUGAAGAGUCAAAUUUCACAAUGCCAAGGAAAACGCCAUGUUAAAUUCACACGAAAAACUUUCAAACAGCUGCUUUCAAACUUCUGGCUUGCAACAAAGGGGGGGCUUUUAAAUUGUUGUAAAAACAUGUGAACCAAAAUGAACAUAUCAGCAAAGCGCAGUGCUCACCAGCGUCAUGUUGUCCUGCCUGUGAAGCUCAGAUGUCCCGUGAGAAAGCUCACUUGUGUUUUCUAGACAGACAUGCCUCAAUAAGUCAGGCAAAAGGCACAGUAAACCUUCCGUGGAAACGGGCACCGCUAUCAAAACUGGUGCAGCCCCCGCCGGUCUGUGUUAUGCCUACAUUUAAACACACACUUUCUCUUAAAGCUUCAGCACUACGGCCCAAAAUAUCGCCAUGCAUGGAUUUCUACUCCUGUCAGACCCCUCCAGACUGUUAGCUCCAUGCUAGCUUCAUGCUAUCAAGAACUCAACCCACUCUUGCCCCUGCAGUCCCGUGCUUCACACUACAUGCAUGUUAACAACUUCUCCUUGGAAGCGUUGAGGCUGUUUGAGGCGGUCUGGCAGGUGUAAGUCUAUGAAUGGCCGGCCUUAUCUGUCGUUCUCCACAGCAGCCAUCUCCCUUUCGCGCUGUGAAGAAUCAGCUCUGUCACAAACAUCCUCCAGAAAGAAAAACAUCCUUUAUUUGGAUCCAGUGCAUUCGUUCCCUGAAACACCACAGCAUGUUCAAAUAGUUUCCAAGCUGCAGGAUUUGAAUGCCACUGAUCAGCAGCGCUUAGAGAAGGAAGCACUGAGGGUUUUAUAGCUAACAUGUUCAAAAGACAAGGUAAAAAUGCUGCUGAGCAGCUUUUCGUGAUGUUUCCAUCACUGUUUUUGUCCUAGUCAGUCAUGGACUCAGUUUCUAAUUUCUCACACAAUAACAUAAAUCUCAGUAGCCAAGCAGGUUUUAUUAAUAACUUCUUAAUCCAUAAUCUGCACAUUUACCUCAGGGUCAACAUCCGCGAAGCAAAGCAGAUAUGGGACAGUUUGUGGACUUUGCUGUAACAUCAGUAGCUGCACAGGCUCCCCUCCCCCACCCUCCGUGUUCCUGGGUGCUUAGUGCUCACUGCUGGUCAGUGUCCCACCACACUGGAAACACAGGAACGCCUCCUCUGAGGGGUCUAGCUCCUGCCUAUGAUGUCUUUAUGAUAUCCAGCAGUCCUGCACACUCUGGAGCUGUUUUCAGUGCAACGGCCCUUUAAACACCUUCGACCCAUAGUGUCAGCUGCCACACAAUAGGCUGCAGGAAGCUCCUACCAUCUGAAAACAAGCAGUCUGCGACAACAGUCCAGUCCAUCCAUGCAGUCAGACUGCAGCAGUGACGUAAAGGCCUCCACAGGCAGAGUGUCCCAUGACUUCUACUCUCACUGUACCAAAUCUACUUGAAAUUUCAACACAAAAGGCCAUUGAACACACUUUUGUACAUGUCCAUUUUUACUGUACAAGCUUUUAUUGUCAAAUGAUUAUAAACCUCUAUGGGGAAAGGUAUUUUUAACAUUUUGUUCCUAUGUUUUCCUUUGUCUUCAGGUCAUUUCAUCAAGUCUUUGUAAUCUAUCACAUCAUUAUGGUUGACUGUUUCUGUCGGGCUGUUUAAAGGUGCCGAUUUUUCUUUAAAAAAGCUCUGUUGAUGGGCUUAACCCCUUUAAUCAGAAACACUCUGUUGAUGUCAGGAUGCAGGUUAUUCAAGUUAGCCUGUCAUCUAAAAAAAAUCGGUAAGAGAAAGGAUUGUUUUGGUGGGAGACAAUAAGAAAAAAGGAAACUUCCAGACCUCUAUGUAUGACUAUUUCAGAUGGUUUGACUGAUUUUCUUUUUUAUUUAGAUUCUUUUGAAAGUUUUCCAUAUGAAUAGAGACCACAGCAUUGUGAGUUAGCAAUGUAGUCAUGAUUUUUAUUGUUGCUUUUUUGUCUCAUAUGAAAUGUUUAAGCUUGUAUUUUUUUCUCAGAAAAAUCAUACCUCUUGAAAUAUUUGUUAUACCUUCAUAUCUUUUCAAAACAUCCAUCAUGUAGCUUACGUUUGCUUGAUGAGUAGCACAAAGUGGUUUUAUUUGUCCCUACUUGAAUGACGAAGGAUAGAAAGAAAGACUUUUGUAACACUGGGCUACAUUUUCUAUUCUCAUCCCAUGUUGUCAGGGUCCUGCACAUCUUUGUAAAUUCAAACAGCAAUCUUUCCAGGAAAUAUUAAAACCUUAUUUUGUAUUAUUUUAUGUUACAAGAAUAUUUAAACCAUCCUAACUGGGCUCCACAUCUUGUCUUUGUUUGAAUAUUUUCUAUGCGUUGAAUGAUGUCAGCUGUAAAUGACCAGAAACUUAAUGUCAGCAUUUUUUAAUCCACUUUAAUGACUGUAAUCACAGUAAGAUUGCAGAUUUUGGCAUCUGUUAGAGAAAAAGACUUAUACAAAUUGGAAAUGCAAGGUUUGUACAAGAUGCUAACAGUUACUGUUGUUUUCUGCUAGUUGUUAAAAGAUUUAGAGUGAAUUAAUUGUUGCCUAGUAUGUAAAGAACUAACAUUAUGCUUAUUUUUAAAAAGGUUUUAUAAAUUACAUGAAUAUAUCACUGAUCCGACCGUCUCUCAUCGUUCAAGCAUGAUGAUGGAAAUAUGUGCCAAAACAACAAUGGAAGCUUCAUAAAGAGGAUACAAAUGUUGCGGGUAAAACACCUGUCAACUAUCAAACAUUUAACAAACCUGUACAGUUUUAUAAAGUGUGACAUGUUUUUAUGUAAUGUACAGUAAUGUUUUUUUCUGCUUUAUGUAAACUUUUUGAUUGUGUAGCUUUGUUUUCAUUCGGUUUUGUUAUUUAAUUUGUUUUCUUCUUCCUUUGUUUGCUGUACAAUACUCGAGUAAUGUAUUAUGGCUUAUUACAGGUAUUUUUUGACAUCUUAAUGAUAACAAACGCCCGACCAUUCCAAAGGAUUGAAAACUGCAUUUGCUAUAAAUGUGCUGCUUACAUUGACCCAAUGCAUUUUUGUAGGUUAUGAAUAGAAGUCUGUCUUGACUGUGAGGUUUUUACACGUGAGUUGUGCACAAGGUACGUUUCUCAUUUUCGACACUUCCCGGGUUUGAUCUCUCCUUUCUUCUUCGUCAGGCUCUUUGUGGAGGCUAAGCCAAUUGGAAUGAUCGACACACAAACAUGCAAUAUUUGUAAAUGUAAAAGUCAAAGGGCAUACAGAACAUGUUUCAAAGGCCUGUGGCUUUUUAAGGCGUGGGUGAUGUUUGACAGGAAGCCAUGUUGGAGAGGUAGAUUGAGAAGGAGCUCAUGAGAUGCUCACAGUUAGAUGAUGUUACCAAAGGCUUUAAAGGGAAAGAUGAAUGUUGCGGUGAAGUUUUGAACCUAAUCAAGUGUGGGUUCGACUUCAUGUGCUGAAAGUGCUGAUCGAUGGAUGUUGUGCUUAAAUGGACCUUUUUCUACAGCUCAAAUAAGCAACUUCUGUUGUUCUGGUAAAGAUAACUUGAAUGAACAAAACUGUCAUAAGUCAUACAAAUAAAUAUGUAAGAGUUAAAAAAAAAAAGGCAAAAACCAGAAAAGACUGAGUGAACACGAAGUGAAGCAGAUCAUAUCUGCCUGUACCCCUCACUGACCAGGUGGUCCUGCUUCCUUGAGUGGACACGGUGCGACUUUUUACUGUAGAAACGCACAGUGACGGAAAGUUUCCUGCUUAAUCGUUGGAUAUUUUUGCCCAUCAAGGAUUUGUCUGUCUCAGUUUAAUGAAUGACCUCCCUUCAAUGACAGAGAGCCUCUCACCAGCCUCAUGGUUCUGUUUCCUGUUUUUGUCCUCAAUGUACCUCCUCAGUGUAACGUUGCUCUCUCAAUACCUCUGUGCAUUUCUCCUCUGCCCAUCACCAUCAGUUGCCUGUUGUAGUGACUCCAUGGUGCUGCCUCCCCUCUCAGCACCAAUAUAAUCAAAUCUGUAAAUAACUUUCGAUUCAGCUAUGGCCAGUACAUCCAAUGACCUCACUCUAACCUUCAGGUUUCAUUUUGUUUUUACUCUCUCUCAGCAAACCAAAAUCACUACAUUCAAGUAUUACAGUUGUACAGUUCCUCGGACUCUACAUGCAUUCAAUGUGCUGGUCUUAGCUGCUCUGCUGUACCUUUUUAUGGCAUUAUUUUUUACAUGUUAGACAAUAUAUUGUGACCAUGUCCUAUGCAAAUAUGAAAAAAUAACAGAUUGUUGAAUAAUGUAUGUUGUCAUUACUUGUAUGCAUGAAAUAGUGAAGUUUACAUUUGGAAAUAAAUUCAUAAAAUAAGCAGCUA